AUGCCGCCCAAGAAGAAGAACAACAAGAAGGCGCAGGACGACGACUGGGAAGCCGAGCUCGGCGAGUCUGUUGCGCCCCAGGAUGGCGCUGCAGCUGAUGCCACGCCUGAGGAUGCUGUCGCCGACGACGAUGCUGCUGGCGGCGGCCUGAUGGCGGCUCUUGCGAAGCGCGGCAAGAAGAAGAACAAGAAGGGCGCAAACAAUGAAGUUGAAGGCGAAGACCCGCCUGUCGACGACGCGAAUGGAGACUUCGACGACAAGGCACCCCAAGAAGGAACCUUCGACGACGAUGACGACGAUGUCUUUGCUGGAAACUAUGGCAAGAAGAAGGGCAAGGGCGGCGCUGCUGCGAAGGCAGAGGAGCCUGUCGAGGAGAAGACGGAUGAUGCUCCUCGUGUAAAGACCAAGGCAGAGAAGGAGAAAGAAAAGAAGGAGAAGGAGAAGCAGCGAAAGAAGGAACUGGCUGCAAAGAAGAAGGCCACUGGUCCUGCCAAAGCCGAACCUGCGAAGGCCGCCGAGGCCAAGCCAGAAGCCGCUGCCACACCCUCAGCUCCUACCGCAGAUACUACCCCCGCUGCUGGUGGCAAGAAGAAGAAGCUCAAUCCUGCGCUAGCUGCCCUACAAAAACAACAGGAAGAGCGCAAAAGGAGGGAGGAAGAGAUUGCGCGCGCCGAAGCUGAAGAGAAAGCUAGGCUGGAGGCGCUGGAGGCACAAGAGGCUGAGGAACAGAAGAAGAAAGAAGAGGCUAAGGCUCUGAAGAAGCAGCGAGAAAAGGAAAAGAUCGAGCAGCUGAAGAAAGAGGGCAAGUACAUGACAAAGGCUCAGAAAGAAGCCAAGGCAAAGAACGAACUUCGUCUGCAGCAGCUGCUCGAGCAAGGCGGCACAAAGGUCGCUGGACUUGCCGACGAGGUCGACAAGAAGAAGAAGCCAGUGUACGACGACCGUAAGAAAAAGAAGAAGAAGCAAGCCGAGAGCCAACAGGAGAAGGAGGCUCGGGAAGCUGAGGAGGCGGCCAAGAAGCUGGAGGAACUCAAGCUGGCUGAAGAGCAAGCCGCCGCUGCAGCUGAGGCCGCAGAAAAGGCCAAACUUGACGCGGAAGCGAAGAAGGGAGAGGACGGUGACUCUGCCGAAGACUGGGAAGCCCAAGCCGACGAAUUGGAGGGAGUCAAAGACAGCUGGGAUGUCGAUACCGACGAGGAAGAAGAGCGAAAAGCAAGCGAGAAGAAGGCCAAGGAAGAGAAGGCGGCAGCGGAGAAGGCUGCAGCAGACAACGCCUCCAAGUCCAAGGAUACCAGCUCAGACUCCGAUUCCGAAGACGACAGCGAAGACGACUCAUCGGAAGACGAGGAAGGCACUGCUACGCAACGAGCUGAAGCCGCUCGCAAAGCUGCCGCCGCAGAACGACGAAAGCAGGCUCACGAGGAGGCUCUUGCAGCGCGGUCAAAAGAUAAUCUGCGAUCUCCCAUUUGCUGUAUUCUUGGUCACGUCGAUACCGGUAAAACGAAGCUGCUUGACAAGAUUCGUCAGACCAACGUGCAAGAAGGCGAAGCUGGAGGUAUCACACAACAGAUUGGUGCUACCUACUUCCCUGUCGAGGCACUGCAGAAGAAGGUCGCUGUCGUUAACAAGGACAACGACUUCGUCUUCAAUGUCCCCGGUCUCCUAGUAAUCGAUACACCUGGUCACGAGUCUUUCACCAACCUCCGGUCCCGUGGUUCCUCACUUUGCAACAUUGCCAUCCUCGUCAUUGAUAUUAUGCACGGUCUUGAACCUCAAACUAUCGAAUCGAUGAAGCUCCUCCGAGACAGGCGCACACCUUUCAUCGUCGCUCUCAACAAGAUCGAUCGUCUGUUCGGCUGGAAGAAAAUCGAUAACAACGGUUUUGAAGACAGUUUGAGCCUCCAAAAGGCCUCGGUUCAGUCCGAGUUCGAGGAGCGAUGGACCUUUGUUCGCACCCAACUGCAAGAGCAUGGUUUCAACUCAGAAAUCUUCAACCGAAACAAGCAUGUCCAAGUUCGUCUCCACAUGAUCAAGCUUAUCGUCAAGCUUACGCAAGAGCGUCUCACCAACAAUCUCAUGUAUCUUUCUGAGGUUGAGUGUACUGUGCUUGAAGUCAAGGUCAUCGAAGGUCUGGGUACCACGAUCGAUGUCAUCCUGUCCAACGGUGUCCUUCGCGAAGGUGACCGGAUAGUGCUAUGCGGCAACCCAGAGCCUAUAGUGACGAAUAUUCGAGCGCUAUUGACACCGGCCGAGAUGAAAGAAUUACGUGUUAAGUCGCAAUACGUGCACAACAAAGAAGUCAAGGCUGCCAUGGGUAUCAAGAUCGCUGCCGAUGGGCUCGACCAAGCCAUCGCAGGUUCGCGUCUGCUUGUCGUCGGUCCGAAUGACGACGAGGAGGAUCUCAUGGACGAGGUCAUGGGUGAUCUAGCCCAUUUGCUCAGCAAGGUCUCCAAGACUGGCCGUGGUGUCUCCGUACAAGCGUCUACCCUUGGUUCGCUCGAAGCGCUCCUCGAGUUCUUGCGUGUAUCGAAGAUUCCUGUCGCUACCAUCUCCAUCGGUCCUGUCUUCAGAAAGGACGUCCUUCGUGCAGGUAUUAUGUUAGAAAAAGCCAAGGAAUACGCCGUCAUGCUGUGCUUCGACGUCAAGGUCGACAAGGACGCCAAAGCGUACGCAGAGGAGAUCGGUGUUAAGAUCUUCGAAGCCGACAUCAUCUACCACUUGUUCGACAAGUUCACGGCGCACAUGAAGCAGCUCGAGGAACAGCGGAAGGAAGAUUCAAAGAUGUUGGCCGUCUUCCCUUGCGUACUCAAGCCUGUCGCUGUCUUUAACAAGAAGGAUCCCAUCAUCAUUGGUGUGGAUGUCACUGAAGGUGCUCUAAGGAUGACAACGCCUAUCUGCGCGGUCAAGAAGAACGCUACCACCGGCGCCAAAGAACUCGUCCACCUCGGAAGAGUCACAUCCAUCGAGCGCGACCACAAACCCAUGCAAAUUUGCAAGCGAGGCCAGCCAUCCGUCGCCGUCAAGAUCGAAGGCUCCAACCAGCCCAUGUACGGUCGCCACCUGGAAGAAGACGAUAUCCUCUACUCUGCUAUUAGCCGAAAGAGUAUCGAUACGCUUAAAGAGUACUUUAGGAGCGAUGUCAGUCAGGAGGAGUGGAAGUUGAUUGUGCAGUUGAAGAACAUUCUUGAUGUGCAGUAAAAGGUGGAUAUGGAUGGAAGGUCAGGGGAAGAGGGGAGAGUGGAGGGGUGGGAGUUAGACGGUGGUACUGUAUGAUUUUAAAGUCUAUUUAGUGUAGGUUUGGCCACUAUUUAGUGGGUUUCUUUUUCUUGCCUUUCUAGGCGCGAGCAAUAGCAUUUGUUUGGCGUUGUAGUGCAACAGAUUCAUCUACCCUACGUUUCGCAACUUGGCUUCUCUCCCUACCUCCAAAGGGAAGGUAACAUGGCACGCUCAAGCAGGCUCUCACUGCCAUCCCGCAACUGACCCCGUCAGCAAGCCUGCUGCGUGCAUUACGAUUUGACCUAGAAGACCACGCUUCUCCAUCUCCUGGUCUUUGGGUCUUUCGACAUUGGUUAUUGAGGGAU